CGGAGGGUGGUCAACUGUGUCCAGCGGUCGUCGGCUUCAUACCAUCGUACCGUGGUCCGUCCAACUCCCAGAAGCGAUAUUCCCCACCGUUCGAUCUCUCUCGGACCUGCGAGGAACGGCAUCGCGUCGUCGAGACUGGAACUCCUUGCCAGAUUCGAGCGUGCGAUCUGAAGAGCGAGCGCAGAUGAAGUUUGAGCCUGCUUCAACGAAAGUACGUGCGGCCGAAAUUUUAGGGGUCUCGUGGUGAGAGCGAUUUUUUUCAUACGCUUCGUAAUUAGACCGUUUGAGGGAUGGUGAGAGUGAAAGACCUCAGGCUGCAAAAUCUGCCGAUGAGGAGGAGGAGGAGGUCCAGGCAACGAUGGAUUAUGAGCAAGAUCACAUUGCGGGAUUGAGGAAGAUUGAGGACAGGAAGGAUGGGAGAGUGCAAAUCUAUGGGAAGCAGCGAGAGAAGUUCUCGAGCCCGGGUAUCCAGAUGAUGAUGUUCGCCUAUACUGCCGAUCUUACGACCGAGGGCUCUCUGCCAGGGCUCGCCGGGACGACCGAGGCAGGGCGUUAUUGUGUAAAUGUACAUCUGACGGACGGUGGUACCAUGGACCAUGGUGUAUGAAGAAAUGACAAGUCCCAGACAGUGUCGUGCUGGCAGAGGAAUUGAUAGCGAAUCACUGUUAGUUUCUUCAGUUUUUUUGGGAUGAGAUAAGAACCUCCUCACAUGCUGUAUUAUUUUAAUUUCACACAAUUCCAGUACAGUAUGCGACAACGCAUUUAUGACUCGAUGCACACGUUUUAGUGUUAACUUAAAA